AUGCCAACUGCCUCUACUGCGAAUCUCACGGGACAACUCCUCCUCCUCCUCCUCCUCCUGUUGUUGCUAUGGGCAACCUACCCUACCGCGGCAACCAACUGGCUCUCGCUGGCGAGGAUGCCCCGCUCCCGCCCCGUGUCGGGCGCCAUCCCCUGCGGCCGGCUCCGGGGGCUGUCAGUGGGGCAGGUGGGGGUGUGCAGGGCCCGAGGGGAGGUGAUGGAGUCUGUGCGCAGGGCAGCCGAGAUGGUCAUCGAGGAGUGUCAACACCAGUUCCGCAAUCGCCGAUGGAACUGCUCCACCACCCCCCGUGGAGUCAAUGUGUUUGGGAGGGUCAUGAGCCAGGGUACGCGUGAGGCCGCCUUCGUGCACGCCCUGUCCUCGGCGGCGGUGGCCGUCGCAGUGACGCGGGGCUGCAGCCGGGGGGAGCUGGAGAGGUGCGGAUGUGACAGGAAGGUCAGGGGAGUCAGUCCUGAAGGCUUCCAGUGGUCCGGGUGCUCAGAUAACCUGUCCUACGGGGUGGCAUUUUCCCAAACGUUUGUGGACGAACCGGAGCGCGCUAAGGGGCUAUCACUGGGGCGACCACUUAUGAACAUCCAUAACAACGAGGCCGGGAGGAAGGCCAUCCUCCACAACAUGCAGGUGGAGUGCAAGUGCCACGGGGUGUCUGGCUCCUGCGAGCUCAGGACCUGCUGGAAGGUGAUGCCACCCUUCAGGCGCGUGGGGGCGGUGCUAAAGGAACGCUUUGACGGGGCCACUGAGGUGCGUCUCUCUCGAGUGGGAUCCAGACCGGCCUUGCUGCCCCGGGACCCCCAGGUCAAACCCCCCGCGGCCCGUGACCUGGUGUACCUGUCGGCCUCCCCGGACUUCUGCCGCCUCGACCCCGACAACGGGAUUCCAGGCACGGCGGGCCGACGCUGUAACGGAACCUCCCGCCUGGCCCCUGACGGGUGUGAGCUGGUGUGCUGUGGGCCCGGGUUCCGCGCGGGCCGGGCCGAAGUGGUGCAGCGAUGCUCCUGCAAGUUCUCCUGGUGCUGCUCAGUCCGCUGCCAGCAGUGCAAGAACACUGUGCUCAUCCACACCUGCAAAGAAUGA